AUGUCCCGAGAAUAUCCCAGGGUUUGGGGCAAAUUCGAGCGUGAUGUUCGUGGGAAGGCAUCGUCGUUCGUAAUCGAGGAUGUCCCAGAAUCCAUGUGGGACGCUGCAGUGGAGUUUAUGCUUGGUAAUUACAUCGAGGAAGAUGUCUGGUGGUCGACAGCUGGAACUGCACAAGAUCCUGAUGCCGUGCAAGAGUACCGAGUGCUGUGGAAAGGCAUUAUAAGCCAGAAAAUGAGCCUGGCUUGUUUCCUUCUCGGCGACGAUGCUAAGGAGAAAACUUUGGUCGGUGUCAACAUGUGUAUGCUUCAAGAGAAGGACCACUUCGUUGAACAUAAUCCGCCGAAAACAAAAGCAGGCCUCCUCUCUCUCCGGAUGUUUGCUGAGGCCGUGAAGGUGCCAGCCAUUUAUGACAAGUACGACGUGACGUCAUACCUCAUGGGUGCCGGGCUUUCCGUUGCUCCUGAGUACAGGCGUCUUGGGAUUUCUGUUCAACUACUAAAUUGCAGAAUGUUGCUCGCCAAGGAAAUCGGCCAGAGUGUGACCGGAGGUAUAUUCACGACGACUGCAGCUCAAAAAGCUGCAGAGAAAGCGGGCAUGGAAUGCUUACACCGAGUCUCCUACAAAGAGUUCGGUGAACAGUGCGAAAUCGAAUUUAAUACCGACACAGAGCACUUGAAGAUCUUCGCUAAAAGAAUCGAAUAG